AUGUUUGAAAGGUUAAUCAUGCUGAAUCUCCAAAGCAGUUCAAACUGGAGUGGACCCAAUGACUGGUACCACCAACAGAACACAGUACACACCCAGCACAGCACUGUGUCAGAUGAAUGCCUGGUGGACAUGGAUGUAGGGAUGGCGGGACGAGGAAAAGUAGUGAGAGAUGAGGGGGAGGAGUCUCAACUGAGGCUGCAGCUGAAGAGAAAACUUCAGCGCAACAGAACCAGCUUCACAACAGAACAGAUCGAAGCCCUGGAGAAAGAGUUUGAGAGAACACAUUAUCCAGAUGUUUUUGUCAGAGAACGACUUGCAAACAAAAUCGACCUUCCUGAGGCACGGAUACAAGUGUGGUUUUCCAAUCGAAGAGCCAAAUGGAGACGAGAGGAGAAGCUGCGAAACCAGAAGCGUUCAGGGGACAGGACUUCCUUUACUCAAACACAUGCUGCUCUGACCACAUCCUUUAACCCAACCGUUUAUCAUCAUCAGCAUGGCAACAAUGCAGCUUUCAUGCUCAGUCAAAUCGAGACAGCUCUGCCCACUUAUAAUUCUCUCUCGGUCUACUCUGGAGUCCAGUCUGCUCCUUCUCCGUCUGGCUCCUCUUACUCGUGCGUGCUGCCACCAUCCCCGUCUGCACCUAGUUCAUUUGAGAUGUCCUACUCUUCACCACAUCUGCCACCUUCUUCUUCAGCUAACACCAGCACAGGGUUGAUCUCUCCAGGGAUUUCUGUUCCUGUCCAGGUUCCAGCAAAUGAAGAAAAUAUUGGGCAGAACCUUGGCCAGUACUGGGCCAGACUGCACUGA